AUGAAACGCUUGUGCUUUCUCUCCCUCGUUGCCGCUUCGGCUGCCUCGAUCAGCAUCAGCGAUCCGUCGGACGUGAUCCCAGAAUCCGACUGGGCGGCCGACAACGCGAUCAUGGCAGACUACAGUGUAGCCGUGGAGUACAUCCAGAGAAUCGCCCAGGUGGGGCCCUACAUGGUCUCUGGGAAGAAGAAGACAUUUCAGCAUACGACGCUGAAAACCGACAAGAACGACACCAGCGUCCUGGUCGCCACCAAGGGUGCUGACGUCUCCGUGCAGAACACCGACAUCAUCAAGUUUGGAUAUUACAGCAAUCUCAUCCAGUCGAGCUUCUACGGCGUGAACGCGGCCGUUCUCGUUGCCAAUAACAGCCGCAUCCACCUCUCCGACGUGAAUAUCACCACUCACAAUGGUGCAGCAAAUGUGUUCGCUUAUGGCACUGACACGGUGGCCUACAUCGACAACGCCUGGCUUUAUAGUUCCGGUCCAACCUCGCACGCCCUGUACGCUGCCGGGAACGGAACCGUGCACGGGAAGAAUAUCCACACCUUCUCUGGGGGCAACCGCUGCUCUGCAUUCUCCGGCGAUACCCCUGCGGGGUACGUCUAUGUCGAGGAUUCAAUUGCCCACACGACCGGGAUUGGAUCGGCCAUCGGGUUCGCAGUCAAGCAUCUCAACUUUACCAAUGUGAUCGGAUAUGCUGAGCGAGCUCCCGUAUUCUUCACCAUCGGAGAGGGCGAAGCAGUAGCGAAGAACUGUGAUCUCACCGGAGGUCUUCUCGGCGGGGCAGUAACCUUUUCCAUCUCCAAGGAUACCCAGGCGUAUCCCUUCGAGUUGACACUGGUCAACACCAAGCUCAAGGUCCUCGGCGAUGGGCCCGGGCUCUGGUACGGUUCGGUCUACGCAAACACGUACGUGCAGAGCAGCCAGAUUAUCGCCGAGUCCGGCGUCCUGGCUGUAGCCAAUUUCUCAACCAUCACCGAGGCGUUCAACUUCUACUCCGACUACGAGACUUCCGGGAACAUCGUGGCCACUGCCGAUAGCCGCGUGUAUGUUGAAGAAAGCGCGCUAUCCGGCGAUCUGGUUGCAUACAAUGGGAGCACUCUGGGAUUCUCGUUCAAGGAGCACUCCUACUGGAGUGGAAGAGCGUACAUUGGAUACGGUGACGCGGAGCUUGGUGUUGCUUUGGAUAAAACGAGCAUUUGGAACGUAACGGGAAAUACUGCGCUGAAAAACCUUACCAAUGCGGAUACGUCGUUUUCCAACGUCAAGAGCAAUGGCUUUUCCAUCACCUACGACCGGCACGCACCGGCUAACAAGGCACUGAAGGGGAAGACCAUUAAACUGGCAGGAGGUGGAACCGUAUCACCUGUUUAG